UACAUUUUGAUUCGAUUCAAUUUUGUGUCCAACAAUGGCUUUAUUAGAGACUGAUGACCAACUUACAAUAGUUAACCGAUCAUUGGAAUAUCGAAUUAACAAAAAACUAAUUCGUAAAGUGCCUUAUUUUGAAAAGAUGCUGAACCUUGGUUUAAAGGAAUCAAAGGAAAACAAAGUCGAAUUGGAUUUCGAUGAAAAGGCUUUUAAGAGGUUUCUCAAUUGGAUUCAAAUCGGAUGCAUCUUCAUCGAGAUGGAUUUUGUAGUAAAUUUGUGUAACAUGGCUGAUUAUUUCGGUUUAAGUGAUUGUUUGAUAGACGAUUGCUUCACAUAUUUGCAUCAUAAUUUUUCAAUUAAACAUCUUCCAGUUAUUAUACCUCAAGUGACUUCAACAUCUAAGUUGAUCAAUUCUGGUACUCUUAAUGCUUUCAUUUGCCGUUAUUUCACAAAAAUUGUGAACACACCUGUUUGGUUAAAUUAUCCUGUUGAAACAAUUAAAUAUAUUUGUGCUUUGGAUUUGAUGAUUCACUCAGAAUAUCAAGUUUUCGACGUGAUCAUGAGAUGGGCGACUUUCAAGGCUGAUUCUAGAAAGAGUUAUCUUAAGGAACUGUUAAAGUUGGUUCGUUACUGCCAUUUGGAAGAGAAGGAUUUAUCGAAAAUACAAGAAAAUGAAUUUUUCAGAUCUUCCUGUCUUGAACCAGAAUUAUGCUCUCGUAAAAAAGCUAAUUGUAAUUGUAAUAUCGACAGAACUAAGCAAGGUUGUUUUGUCGUUAUUGAAGAAUUGAGUGACAAAAAUUUGCGAUUGAAAGUAUUUGACAGUGACUUCAGCUCAUUGGUUAAUCAAGUAAUGCAACCAGAUGAAUCUAUGCCUUUGUUUAUUCUUCAUAAUGAACAUAUUUCAGAUAUUUCAUUUGAUUCUGGAAGGAAAAUGAUACGAAUUGAUUGGAAGCAGAAUACAUAUCGUUUGUUUGAUUUUUCAGCUUAUAAAUCGUAUCAUCGCAUAAUUCAUCGAUGCAUUCAUGAUGCGCAGCAAGCAAGUGGGGAAUGUCAUGUGCGGAUUGAUAAAUGUGAAAUGUCAGAAUAUGAAUAUUCAUUUCUGGAAGUCAACGAGAAGUUCAUUCUUGUUGGUAACGAGUCGGCAUAUUUCAACUGUUGGAAGAAUCCAUCUACUGGCGAUAUUAAUAAAUUAUCUGAUGAUAAUAGACAUACUUACCUGACAACUAUUUUGGAUAACAGGAUUUAUAUGCUGACACACAAUUUUGAAUUUUUCCAGUUCAAUAUUGAUAGUGAUCUCGAGUUUAAAAAGAUUAAACUUGAAAGCUUUAAAGAAAAUUUGCAAUUUGAUAAUUUACUUUUAACAUCCAAGCAAGUUAAUGAUGAUAGAGUUCUUUUGAUUGAUAAGACCACAAAAGAUGUUCUCUGUUUCAAUGUAAACACUCAAGAAUGGAGUUCAAUCGGGCGAAUUAUUGAUUGUAAAGGUAAACCGACGGAUGGUCAAAAGGAAUCUAAUGUUCUUAAAACUUUUACUUUUGGGUUUGUAUCAACGGAUUCGAUCAACCUUUGCUUGGAACGUAAUCUCAACGCUGUAAAAUGACGUUAAUUUGACAUAAACGAGUACACUGUAUUGAUAUUCUUGUUUGAUUCUUAGCUUCAUGUAAUCUGAUUCAAACGUUUCUAACGUUAUAUCUCUUCUCGUUAUUAUUCAUUCGAUAUAUUCGAAUUGAAUUGACCAUGAAUA